AUGCAGUGCAACCGUCAUCUUCAACCUCCAGAGAUGCUCAACUCUCCCCCCUCCCCUUUCCCACUUGACCCUCCUGAUCCUCCAUCACCACUCUCCCCCCAUCUUUUCCCUCCUCUAGCUUCUACCCCUCCACUAUCCCGCUCUGAAAUCCGUCGAUCCCAUCUUACUGCUCCUCUUCUAGUUGAUACUACCAUGACACAAGCUAUGGAAUCUCCUCCUACGGCCGUUGCUCACGGAAAUCCUACUCAGUUUGGAUCUGAACAAGUUGUCUAUACUCUUCCAACACCAUUUUCGAACUUGCCUAGUACUAACCCACAAAUUUCCCCUCCACUUGUCCCCUGUGCCUUUAAAAACCCCAUUUCCUCCACUGAAAAUUCUUCCUCCCCCAGGCCAAUUCCCAGCCCGACAGAACAACCUCAGCCCCAUCGCCUGAACCCUCUACUACCAACCCCUGAAUCUACUCAUGUCCCUUCCCUUGCAGAAAAGCUUAGUGUAAAAGGGGACCGAUCGCUUACCAGACUAGCGCCUGUUACUCUUUCAAGUAAUGGUCGGCCUCGUGUUCUUAUUCCAGACUCUGUUUUCCAAACUGGUGCUAAGAUGCAUAAAGACUUCAUAGUGUGCUAUUUCAACGGUAGACCUCCACCUUUUAGCCACAUUCAAAGUGUUCUGUGUCACAUGUGGGGAAAAGGAAGGAGACUCGAUGUUUCAUACCGCGCAAUGAUCUUCAUCUCACUCUGCUGCCACCCCUCCACUAAGCUCCAUCAAGAUCUGUGCUCACCUCACUGGAGUCCCAUUAGACCUGUGGAAGUGGAUCUCACCAAACCAUUGCCAAGUGUGGUUGAAUUUGAAAGACAGAGUGGUGAAGUUGUAGAAGUAAAGGUGGAUUACACGUGGUUGCCUCCCACCUGCUCACAUUGUCAUGAGAUAGGAUAUGUUCUAAGGAAUUGCUUACAUUAUAGCCCUCCAAAGGAUCUUCCUCCGAUCGAUACAAGGACAGUUGCAAAAUUAAAGAAAAAAGGAUCAGAGACUGGCAAGAAAACGUCUGCAAGUACUUCAACAGCAAAGACUAAACAAUAUGUGGUUAAGAAAACGGCUACUCCUUCAACGAAAGACACUGUUCCACUCUCUACUCCACAAAAACCAAUCUCUGGCUCCAUUUCUCUUCCUUCUAGCCCUUUGGCUCUUAAACCCCCUUUAGUUUUAACCGCUUCUAUUCCAUCAUCUAUUAUUCCAUCUACUGAAAGUCCUCCUGACAAACCUACAAAGCCCUCUCUAAAAUGCUCUCGUUCUUCUGCUACUUUCUCCUCUCCUUUGCCACCAAAAAUCACUUUUCAAAGUUCUCAUCCUCCCCCUGCCCCUGGAGACCCUUCUUUAUCUUCCUGA